GACUCAACUCCGGAAGAAUGGCCGACAGACUGACACAACUGCAGGACGCCGUCAAUCAGCAAUCGGAGAACUUCUGCAACAGUAUCGGAGUUCUUCAGCAGUUCGCGAAACCGACGUUUUUCCCCGAAUUCGACAAAACUUCCUCCAAAUCGCCCACAACUCAGACACAGUCUUCCGAAGAUUUCGCGCAAUUGUUUUCGACACUAAUCGCCAGAACUGCUAAAGACAUCGAUGUCCUCAUCGACUCACUUCCCAGUGAAGAGUCAACACCGGAAUUACAGUCUGCGGCUUUGAGACGAUUAGAGCAGGAGAACAACGAUUCGGCGCAACGUUUGGGAGAGACUGUGAAACGGGGCGAAGAACUGCUCGAACAGAUCCAGAGUGCACUCCAAGACAUCGCUGAGUCGCAGCUGAAGAUGCAAUGUCUGCACUCGUCGUCCGCCGCCACCGAUGACAGCCCUUCCAAUGGACUCAAUAACAGCACUAAUAACUGAUUUAUUUAUUGUAUUUUCAAUCACUUCUUGUAAUCAAUUGAUGUCUUCUUUAUGUUAAAUAAAGUUUUGUUAAAUGAAUGAA